AGGUACUACAAAAUCAUGCCCUCAUCACCAACAAAAUCACAAAGAUCAGUCCUUUUUAAGGUAACUGUCCCAUCAAGGAUAGAAAAUAUUUAUCAAACCAGUGAAAAAAACCAAACAAAUUACAACUGAUCAACAAGAACCUGGUGGUGUCCGUAGUUCAAAGCGCUGCAUAACAAAGACAACAAAGGAAGCAGAUAAUUCCAGUGACAAUGCAAUGUAUCAUGAGUUGAGGAAAUCUGAUUUAAGGUACAAGAUCCAGAGCAAACAUAGGUCAGACCGAACCAUUCAAGCUGUUGAAACCAUUUGUGAGUUUGGAAACAUGAAAAGUGAUAUCAAAGCUGCUCCUAAUGUUUUGGAGUCAUUGAGGAAUUCUUCUCAUGGCAGAGUACCCUACAACAGAAAACAUGUACUGUCUGAGGAAGAGCUCCCUCCAGUUAAUCAGCUUUCUUCAGUCAAUAAAAAAGCUAUUGAUAGAGUGUGUGACCAGUCUCCUGACAUACAUGCUUAUAGAUCAAAAACUAGAGGAAGAGUUCCUUUGAGAAGUCCCAAAGAGACAGAAGAAAUCAUAGAAACGACUUCGUAUCUUGACCAAUCAUUUGAAACUAAUCUCAACAAAUCACUGGCAGUCAUUGAAUCACUGGAAUCACUUAAUGAUUCUAUGUCCUUACUGGAGAUAGAGCAGAAAAACAAGAAAGCUGGUGUGGAUUACAUUGAACGGGAGAAGAAAAAACAAGAUGAAUUCUUCAAAAGAUCUGCCCAGCUUUCCCAAGAGAGUUAUGAACAAUGGUCUGAAAGAUCGAGAGCAAAAAUUCAACAACAAGUAAAGGAGCUGAGAGAUCGGAAAUCUCAAAAGGACAAUUCCAUAGAGUCUGAGUACCGAAAACAGCAGGAAUUCUUCCAAAAGAAAUUUGAAGAGGAUCAGGCAAAUAUCAAAAGAGUUGAAGUUGAAGAAGAGGCAGAGAAUCAGCGUCAGCUAAGUAGCAGUUGGAACAACAUUUCUAACUACGAGCUCAGCACAUUAGAAAUAGUAACUGUCGCUCAAAAGUGUGUCCCUGAUCCAAAAGUGGAUCCAGAGAUUGAGGCUUUAUUGAGUAUGAUUGACAAACAAAGUAAAGCCAUGUCAGCCCUUAAAUUGGCUGUUGGACAACUUUACAAGGAAGGCAAACUUAACCCACUGACGUCAACUAAAUUUGAGCAAGAGUGCGGAGCAGUCUAUGGUCACGUGAUAAACGCAGUGAAGCAGCUGAACACUGCCAUAAAGAGGGUAAACGAGGAGCAGGCAGCGAAGAUGCUAGCUCAGGAGGAAGCGAAGAAGAAAGAGGAGGAAGAGCGAGGGAAGCAGGCACAAGCAGCUGCAGCACAGCAACCACCACCAGAAGCCGUUGUAGCGCAGCAACCACUUGCAUCCCAGCAACCUCUACCUCCCCCUGUAGCUACGCAACAGCAACCUUCUGCAGGCCCCGUUCAGUCUAAAGUAUCAACAGAUUCCAUAAUAAGUGGAAACAUCAUCAGCAGCACUGCCUUCAGCGAGUAUCAGAAAAUUGACAAACAACUUAAGGAGUUGGAACUAGGAAUCCAAAAGUUUGUAGUCGACAAGAACACAGACUGUGCUAAGAUGAGAUCAGCUCUGAAGCUAAUAACCGUCACUCCUAUCAACAGUAUUAGUGCCAGCAGCAACGAUCAUAUGGCUAACAAGGUGAAAGAGCUGGUACACAUUUUAGAUGGGAAGGAAACUACCCGGGGACAAAAGAGAAUCAACCCUGGUAUCAACAAUCUCACUCUCAACUACUGCUUCAACGUUGCUGCUUCUAAAUUUGUCGAUCAAGCCUGCGAACAAGUAGCGUUCAGUGACAACCUCGUACCUGCAUUCAGUAUUGCUGCUGUGAGUACAGGAAUAUGGCAGAAACACAAAUUAUUCGGAGACCUCUUCCUGGGACACCUCUACAAACGGUGUCCGUACAUUCUGCCAGCCUACUGGAACAAGAAGUCAGGGGAAACCAAUGAGGAUUACCUCAGGAGGGUGGGAUACUCGAAUGAUGGUGAUAAGUUAGAGGAAACUGAUAAAUAUCUGCUAAAGAUGGAGGGAUGUGUCAAACUAUACGCUGCCAUCAUACAAGGACCUCCUACUUUCUCAAACACGCCUCAUCCUCACGGUGUAUCAAACGGUUGGCUGUGGUUGUCCCGGAUGUUGAACCUAGAGCCAAUGCCAGACAUUACAGCCACCGCUCUUGAAGCCUUCCUCAAGGUAGCAGGUUCGGCUAUGCUCAGAGUGUACAAGUCACAGUUCCUGAAACUCUUAGAGUUCCUGUACACCCACUAUCUUCCUAAAAUUGAAGCGGUAACACUAGAGUCAAACCUCGGUCCCAUAACAAGACUGAGACUUUAUUUGGAAAAGAUUCAGAAGACUGGAUCUGUCCCUGAACCAGAGGGCAGGGUCCCCCAAUCCAUCUGCAGUUGAUUCAUUAAAAAGAACUAUCUCAAAACUGACAAACUGUACGAACUCGAUGAAUUUGUAAGCUUCGCUUAAAUUUAAUCUAUGAUUUUUAAUGGAAAGGUAUUUAUGUUAAUCACCAAGAUUUAAUUUAUUAAGCUUUUACUAUCAUGUGAUUCCAAGUUUAGAACUUUUUAAAUUUGACUAGAAAUAUGGAUACAGAGCAUCCAUCCAUGCUAAAAUCUCAAUCUUUUAUAAAUUUUUGAUUCUCAAAGGUUUUUAUCUGGAUUUUUAUUAACUGUCAAAGGUUUUUAUUUGGGUUUUUAGAAUUUUCAUAAUAUUUUCAUAGACAGAGUAGGGUUCUCACGUCUGGAGAUAUAUCGUGUCUUUUAAGUUAAGAGUUCUUGGUAAAUAAGCUAUUGUUGUUACCUUAUCUUUAUUAAAGAUCUUAAAUUUACUGUAUAAUUUAAAUUGAUUUAUGCACUUGAAAAGGGUUUUUACUCCCAAAAUUAAAUUAUCAAAUUUUCGUCUCAUUUUCCAAUUUCUGUUCAAUAACAACUUUCUACAGUUAUAAUC